AUGGCAAUGGAAACUUUCAACUUAAUAUUAGUCUUGAUCUCAUUGCUCAACAUCUUACAAAAUUCACAAUCCCAAACAACUAACCAGCUCACCCUGAGAAGUGCAAGUAUAAUCAGGUUCACAUACUACACCCAUCCUGUGUGGAAAAACAGCAACCAGAGUAUUUUCAGCUUGGCGAGGACAAGCAUAUCCGAUCAGGUGCCGUCCAGAUUCGGGAUCCUGUAUGCAUGUGAUAUCCUUGUAAAAGAUGGGCCUGAAAUCGAGUCGAAAGAAUUGGGAAGACUCCAAGGAGCUGCUACUACUGAGGACUUAAAAGAGACGGCCACGGGUGAGAUUUUCAAUUUAAUUUUUACGCACGGCGAGUACAAAGGGAGCACAGUUAGCUUUAUGGGAAGGAAUCCAAUUCUAAACAGAGUAAGAGGGACCUCCAUAGUUGGAGGCUCUGGAGCCUUCCGGAGGGCGUGGGGCUAUGUCAUUAUAACGACUUAUUCUGUCGACCAGUAUGGGUAUAAUGAUGUUGUCAAAUGCGACGCAGUUGUGUAUAAUACAACAUACACUUAG